AUGUCGAAAACGAAAUUAUUAUACUGUCCGUUCUGCAAUUUUGUGGAAAGCGAUCCUAAUUUCCUUCAACAACAUGUGAAUCUGAUACAUCCAGAGGACGAUGAUGCGCCGUAUCUCGUCCAUGACCCGCCGGCACCGAGGUGCCAGUCUUUGUCCAGGGCAACAACAGCAUUGGAAGGCGCUUCCGACUGGGUUGCUUGUGACUGUGGAGAAGUCGUACUCUUGAUCGAGUACAACGCGCAUUUAGACUUACACGAAGAGGAGAAUGCAUAUUUUGAUGGUAUAUCUACCAGAGCAGAAUUAGCUAAUGACACGAUGGCCGACUCUCAUACAAUGUCAUCACCCAGAGGUGCCUCCUUUCGAUCUUCUUUUCCGUUGUCAAAGCCUCUUCAUAACCCUACCAACCAAUAUAGCUCAUCUCAGUAUCCAGAAAUUGUGAAAUAUGGUGAACCCUCAUUUCUUGGACGUCAGAAAUCGUGCAAUCCCCCCAAAGCGGGUCAAUCGUCGAUCAUGGGACCUUUGAAAACGUCAACAGCGAAUAUAGCUCGGCUAGGUGCCGCGGAACUUGGUCCAUACUACAACGAAGUCCAAAUGCCCCCCCGCCUCCGGCAAUUGUUAGAGAAGGGAGCUAAAAUGACCAUCACCAACCAGAUCACUCGUGAUGGGCGGCUGCUUCGUAUUGAGAAUGUAGCAAACGAAAUGCGGGGCAUCGUACCAGUCCUGGCCAAACUGUGUGCUCAGGAUGCACUUGUAACGAGAGCCUAUCUUUGUCAUCCAGAUGUAACCAACAUCUUCAAGAUGUCAAAAGAGGGCGGUUUCUGUGGGUUUGUAGCAUUUCCCCUAGGAUUGAUCCCCCUAGCUUAUGGUGAAAAGCUAUCGAAACAUUCAAAUGAUGAUGUCUUACAUCCAGAAGACACAGUCUGA